AUCACUCAGGGAGGUACACGCCCAGCAGAACUGUCCAGCCAAUGACGAAGCAGCCCCAGCUCGCGACCCUGCAGCUCCACCAGCGACUCUGGGUUUCUCUGUCCUUAACUCUUUAAGGCUUUUCCGUGAGGGCUGACGACUGUGAUUGGCCGCUGUGACCGUCGUCGAAUUUGUCCUCCGGCCAGCCCAAGAAAAGGCGCAGCCAUCUCCUGCCUGUUCGGAUACCCUCGGCCCUUUCCGCUCUGGAGGCGUGGCUUCCCGAGGACACUUUCUAUUGGCUCCUGACGGCGAUCGGCUUUUUCCGGGAGGAGCCGCAGACACACGACGCCCGUGAUUGGCUCCGUUCUGGCUUCGGCUCCGCAGCCGAAGCGGACGGGCGUUGGGCUCGGCCGGCGAUUCCCAGACGCCUGUUACGCGGGCGGCGGGGCGCGGGGCGCGGGGCGGUGCAGGGCUGGGUGGGGGAGGAAGGAGGGGGAGGACGAGGAGGAGGAGGGAGCGCGAGAGGGCAGGGGAGGGGGCAGGCGCUAGGCGGCUGCGCAGACGGCGCUCCUCACACAGAGCAGCCCCCGACCCGGGCGAAUGCGGGCUUGUGCCGCCGCCGCCGCCGCCGCCGCUGCCGCCGCCCGGGCCGAGUGACAAAGGAAGGAAGGAAGGAAGCGAGGAGGAGCCGGUCCCGCAGUCGCUGACAGGGCUCCGGACACUUCCUCAGCGGACACCGAGCAGAGAGGCGUGGGGCGUGAGGGGCGGCCGCGCUGGUGCUGUGGUCGGGGGAGGGGUCCCCGAGGGACGGAAGCGGUUGCCGGGUUCCCAUGUCCCCGGCGUAUGGGGAGCAGUCGAGGAGCCGCUGCCUGGGAUCUGAAGGGAGCUGCCUCCGCCGCCGCCGCCGCCAUGGCCGCUGGAUACAGCCGCCGCCUGCAGCUGCUCCUGGCGCAAUGAGGAGAGGAGCCGCCGCCACCGCCCGCCUCUGACUGACUCGCGACUCUGCCGCCCUCCAGCCCGCCGGGCCCCCGCCGUCAGGCCGGAUCCCGCCGCUGCCGGAGCCACAGCGUUUCCCGUCGCAUCUCCCUCUCCCUCCCUCCUUCCCAUCCCCCCCCUCUUCUAGCGUGAGACUCGUGAUCCUUCCGCCGCUUCCCUUCUUCAUUGACUCGGAAAAAAAAUCCCCGAGGAAAAUAUAAUCUUCAAAGUGCUUAUUUUCAAUCAAGUAUUUGUCACUGUUUCACAGGGUUUUUUUUUUAAGGAUCUCUUCCCCCCCCCCUUUUUUUUGCCUUCCCAGCAAAGAGAGGGGAAAGGACUGUUUUUUUCUCCAGCCCCAAAUCAUCUAUAUGAUAAAUAUCCGCACCGAUCUGUCUUUGAAGAUACAUCGUUCGUGCUUUUUAAUUUUUUUUAAUAUUGCUAUACAAAAGGAGUGAAAGGCCAAGAGGACGAAGUCUUUUUUUUUUCUUGUGGGAGAACUUAAUGCUGCAUUUAUCAUUAACCUAACGUCCCAAAAUAAAACAAAAGGAAGAAAAGGAGAAAGGAAGGAAAAGGUGAUUCGGGAAGAGCGUGAUCAUGUCAGGGCGGCCCAGGACCACCUCCUUUGCGGAGAGCUGCAAGCCAGUGCAGCAGCCUUCAGCUUUUGGCAGCAUGAAAGUUAGCAGAGACAAGGAUGGCAGCAAGGUAACUACAGUGGUUGCAACUCCUGGGCAGGGUCCCGACAGGCCGCAAGAAGUCAGUUAUACAGACACUAAAGUGAUUGGAAAUGGGUCAUUUGGUGUAGUAUACCAAGCAAAACUUUGUGACUCAGGAGAACUGGUUGCCAUAAAGAAAGUAUUACAGGACAAGAGAUUUAAGAACCGAGAGCUCCAGAUUAUGAGAAAGCUGGAUCAUUGUAACAUAGUUCGUUUGCGUUAUUUCUUCUACUCAAGUGGUGAAAAGAAAGAUGAGGUCUAUCUUAAUCUGGUGCUGGACUAUGUUCCGGAAACAGUAUACAGAGUUGCAAGACACUAUAGUCGAGCCAAACAGACGCUCCCUGUCAUCUAUGUCAAGUUGUAUAUGUAUCAGCUGUUUCGAAGUUUAGCCUAUAUCCAUUCCUUUGGAAUCUGCCAUCGGGAUAUUAAACCACAGAACCUCUUGUUGGAUCCUGAUACAGCUGUUUUGAAACUCUGUGACUUUGGAAGUGCAAAGCAGCUGGUCCGAGGAGAACCCAAUGUUUCGUAUAUCUGUUCUCGGUACUAUAGGGCACCAGAGUUGAUCUUUGGAGCCACUGAUUAUACCUCUAGUAUAGAUGUGUGGUCUGCAGGCUGUGUAUUGGCUGAGCUGUUGCUAGGCCAACCAAUAUUUCCAGGAGACAGUGGUGUGGAUCAGUUGGUGGAAAUUAUCAAGGUCCUGGGAACACCAACGAGGGAACAAAUUAGAGAAAUGAACCCAAACUACACUGAAUUCAAAUUUCCUCAAAUUAAGGCACAUCCUUGGACUAAGGAUUCGUCAGGAACAGGACAUUUCACCUCAGGAGUACGGGUCUUCCGACCCCGAACUCCACCAGAAGCAAUUGCACUGUGUAGCCGUCUGCUGGAGUAUACGCCAACUGCUCGAUUGACACCACUGGAAGCUUGUGCACAUUCAUUUUUUGAUGAAUUACGGGACCCAAAUGUCAAACUACCAAAUGGGCGAGACACACCUGCACUCUUCAACUUCACCACUCAAGAACUGUCAAGUAAUCCACCUUUGGCUACCAUCCUUAUCCCUCCUCAUGCUAGAAUUCAAGCAGCUGCUUCAACCCCCACAAAUGCCACAGCAGCCUCAGGUUGAGAACCCUUCUAACAGAAAAGGGAAUCAUGUUAAGCAGUGGAUAAGAUGCUAAUGCUGGAGACCGAGGCCCAAGCAAUAGUGCUGCUUCUGCAUCAGCUUCCAACUCCACCUGAACAGUCCCGAGCAGCCAGCUGCACAGGAGGAACCACCAGUUACUUGAGUGUCACUCAGCAACACUGGUCACGUUUGGAAAGAAAAUUAAAAAGAGAAAAAAAAAUCUGUUCAUUUUAGUGUUCAAUUUUUUAUUAUUGUUGUUGUUCUUAUUUAACCUUGUAAAAUAUCUAUAAAUACAACAAUUUCAUUGUAUUCUCACUUUGAGGGAAAUCCAGGGGUGGGAGGGGUUGUGGGGAGGGGAAAACGGAGCACUAGAACACACAAUCUAUCUCCCACGACAAUCUUUUUCUUUUUCUUUUUCUUUUUUUUUUUUUUUAAUCAAAAGUCUGCUGUUGUAUACUUUAAAACCAGGACUCCUGCCUCAUGCCCCUUCCACAAAAGAAAACCUUAUUCUGUGCUGAAAGUUUUUUUUUCAAAAGUGUAAGACAUUGGUAUAGUACACAGCUUGAAAUUGGUUGGGAGCUUAGUGGAUAUAAUUCAAUGGGGACUUAAAAUGUCAAUUGCAAAAUUAAUCCGCAUCCUCGGGUAUUUGAAAACCUGGCCUUUGGCAUGUUGAUGGCAGGUGUGGCAGACAAAAAAGAAAAUGUGUAUCAUUUGUAACUGAGGGAAGUCAAUUCAGGUUGAAACUCCAACAGGGAACUUGUUCAUCAAUUUGGCCAAGAUUUUCUGUUCUUAAUCAGGGCUGGUGGUGAAGAAGCUUAUGUAGGAGCAGUAGCGAGCAGGACUCUGACAUGCCGCUCAGCGGCUGGAUCUUUGCUUACCUGACCAAAGCUUCUCUCCAAAUCAUGUUACAGUUUGAACCUAGUGACAUGGGAGGAGACAGAGCAGGGUGUUGGGCAGGCCCCUGAGGUUGCAGAGGUCAGGGCUGUGAAGCCUAGACCAGGGACAGAUCUCACCACUGUGAAGGAGUUUGGACUGUUUUUCUGCAGUUGUUUCCCUUGGAAAGAUACGCUUGAAAGGACAUUAGAAUUAAAUGUGAACUACAACAGUCUACUGGUUUAUUUUUCAUAUUUUAUAAACUGAAAAUUGAGCUUGCAGAACUUGCCACAUUCUACAUACGUAGCUCUAAUUUUAAAUCCAAAUCUAGAAUCUGUAUUUAAUUUUCAGCUUUUUUUAACCUCAUGCUUUUUAAAUUUAUUUAUUGAUGCAUGUCAGAUAGGCCAUGAUGAUUUUAGAUGGUAGGGGUAUUAAAAACUACACAUCACAAUGAUAAGCAGUCACCUGUACCUGCUGACUUUAUAGGAAAGCUGAUUACAUAAAUGUGUGUAUAUAUGUUAUAUAUACAUAUAUUGAAUACUGCCUCUUUUUUUGUUUUGUUUUGUCUAUAAUAUCAAAACUGACUGGUUGAAGCAUAAGAAGAAUGUUUUUCCCCCAAAACCCUGUUAAGAGUUUUUGUUUCCGUUUUCUUUGUGUAUCAGUUCAUACUGUAAGAAUCCGUCUCUGUUUUUGAAGAAAAAGCAAUAUUCCUUGGAAAGCAAGAAGGAUGGAAAGGUUAUGUUUGCAAUGAGGAAAUAGAUUUUCACAAGUUUGUUUUGUACCUUUAAGGUUGACAUCUAUGUGGGCCUUAUAUACUCUGAACUGAACUUUCGUCACCUUGGUGCUUACGGGCCAUUACUUGACCUAUGAAUCUUUAAGGCACAAUCAGUCGUAUUUUACAUUUUAAGAUCCACAUGAGUGAUGGCCACCUUUCCCUCCUAUCUGUUCCUUUCCCACACACUUUCCAAGGGUAGCCAGUAACUAACUCUAGGGCUGCCAAGCCCAGCCCUAGUUUUUGUGUAACUUCCCUUCACCCUCAUCAUUGCCACCUGUGGUUGUGAUGGGGGCCACACCAUCUGGAUGGUUUGGAAAUGAGUCUCUUGGCAGUCCUCACGCAGGCCCUCACAGCCUGUCCUGCUUCUGACCCGCGGUGGGACUCUACAGCAGCAUCGUCCUGCCUGCUAAUGGGAACCAGCACCCAGGAGGACAACUGGGAGCCAUCUGAGUUUUCACUCACUGUUUAGCUAAACUGGUAGACCACAAAAGGGGUUUCUCAAACCUCUGAUUAUAUCAGAGUUCAUGAGAAAGGAAACAUACUCAGUCAAACCAAAUGAAACAAGUCGCAUUUCCGUUAAUAGUGCUUCUGAGAGGUAAUUAAGAUUUAAAAGAAGCCUGAAAUCAGAAUAUGCAACAGCUUAAUUCCUUAAAGGGAAUGUCUGAUAGACUGUCUUCAAAAAAGAUCUACAAAGAAUCUAAACAAGCAGGACUGUGUCAGAAAUGGAUCUGUUUUCAGAUCAAACUGCCCAGCCAAAAACAUUUGGAUACAGACAGUACUCUGGACUUGUUGUAAUUGCUAGAAUCCGUAAGAAUUAGUGCUUGUUUAGGAAAUACUUCCUACCCCCCUCCCACCCCAAGGAAUGGGAUAAGAGUUGGAGAAAAGUCCAAUGCUUUUCUCUGUGCGUGCGUGUGUGGGCUGAGGUGCAUGAUGUUUCUUUCUCAAGGAUCAUGGCAGGAUUACAGAACUCUUUUAUACAAGUGAGAACCAGGUCUCUGAGUAUCUUUCUGUAAAUAAUAAUA